AUUGACUUAUGUACAUUUUAUGGUUUAAAUCAAAAUUUUAAUCUAAACCGUCGUUAUCCUCAAUCAUCAUCAUUAUAUUUACAAUUAAAAUCAAAUCAAUUUCAAACAUUUAAUCCGUGUGUAUUCAACAAUUUUUCUCGAUCAACAAUUGAAGUUGAUAAUAAUCCAUUAGUCUGUAAUUGUACAUUUAAUUAUUUAUUAAAUGAGCAAAAAUCAAUUAUUUAUACGGGUACACAAUGUCGCGGUGGAUAUCACUAUGAACAACAACCACCAAUGCCAGCUAUAAGAAAAAAUUCUACCACCAUAGUCACUGGAUUAAAAAUACCAUUAAAUUUGAAAAAAUCAUCAUCAAAUGAAUCAUCUAUUAGUUCUGAAUCCAAACAUACCUGUCGUGAACAAUAUAUCUAUUAUAGUCAAGAAUGUAAAAAGUUAAACUGUUUUCAAAUAUGUUUACCAAAUGAACGGACGUGA